CCAAUGAUCAGCUGGUCCGCGAAAUCGACAGGACCUUUUUGAGGAAGUUAUUUUGUUGGUAUUUUUUGUUCUUUUAAUUCCUUCGGGAUUUUAGAAUUUAAAAUGGCCCGUCCUCCUGAAGUUGUAUAUUCUUGGACAGAUAUAACCAGUGAUUUCAAAGCUUCAGUCAAAGACUUGGAAUUGGGAGAAUUAGCCCAUGAUGACUUGUUUGGUUUGUUUGAAGCCAUGUCUGCAAUUGAGAUGAUGGACCCCAAAAUGGAUGCUGGAAUGCAUCAGACUACCAAUGGCACCAAAAAAAUUCUCAGCUUUGAUCAAGCUGUGAAAGCCGAGAAACUGGAACUAAAAAAAGUCAAUCCCGAACAGUUUAUAGGCAUUGUUGAUAACAGUAUAGCCUGCCUAGUCACAUGGCUUGAAGGUCACUCAUUAGCUCAAACAGUGUUUAUUAAUCUCUAUGCACAACAUCCUCAAAAGAUUGAAGACCGAAAUUUGAAGGCCUUCAUAACCAUUUUUCUCAAAGUAGUUGAUCUCAUCAAAGACUACAUUAACCAAGCAUCAGUGUUUGAAGAGGAAGACUUUCAGCCUUUGGUUUAUGGAUUCAAACUAGCAUCUGAUGUUCCAGAAGCAAAAGCUUUAGCCUUAAUCAAAGAAAGUGAAGAAGAUUUGAUGAAAGAAAUUAAAAAUUUUUCACCCUCAAGUUCAUCAAUUGAGGAAUCCCAGGAAAUGAAGGAGAUUAGCGCAGUCCAUACCCGAUUACGUUUCUUUCGGCAUUUCUAUCAACUGUUAUUGAAAUUUAAUCGUCGAGAAUCACCUAAUGCAACUGUUAAUGCCAACUCAUUAAUUGAAGACAUCCUAAAAUCUACCCAUGUUUGUCGCGAAGCCUUAAACUCAUGUUUACAGACGAUCUCUCUAGGCUCAGGAUACGGAGCCGACGAAAUUGAAAUUAUGGGAUUUGAGCCUCAAGUUAACCAACGGCUCUUACCACCCACAUUUCCACGAUAUACCCAACUGCGUUCUCGAACUGAUGCCAUCAACAAUUUAAUCCAGUUAAUGGACCGCUUGAAAGCAAUGUGUAAAAUCAAAGAUCACACGAAUUUCCACUCGGCUUUGGAUUUUUUCUAUAACAUCGGCCGACAGCGGCCACCACCUUGCGUGUUGUCCCGGUCAUUGUUACAGCUUCUCUAUAUCCCGCUAUGCAACCGAGUAUUUGGUCAGCAACCCCUGACAGAAGUUCUUCAAGAAGCAGCCCGGAUAUUCAUCGCACCACCUGCAUUGACUGGCGGCUUGGGUUUGGUUGCUGGUACUCAGCAGCACAAUCAGGUUCAAGAGUGUAUCGACCAGCUGUUCCAACAAUGUGUUCGACCGAUGGGCUCCUUGGUUCAAAUUGCUGGCCAUAAUUUAGCUCGCCAACGGGAUAAAUUCGGACAUAUUUUGCAAGAUCUAGCUGCUCUUCAGGAAGAAGCUGACAAAGUGGAUGCAUAUCUGCAUACAAUCUCCCUGCAGACGGACAGCGGGCGUUCUCACUUGGCCUGCCUCGGUACUUGGGUCCUUUUGCACACGCUACGGACAAUGAUUCAGUAUUUGUUUUCUGGAUUCGAGCUCUCUCUGUACAGCGUCUACGAGUAUCAUUACAUCUUUUGGUAUCUCUACGAAUUUCUCUACGGAUGGCUGAUAUCGGCUUACAACCGAGCCGAUUCUUUCUUGACGGAGCAUCAGUCGAUGGCCGAAUAUCUGAAGAGCAAAGGCAAGGCGGCGAACGCUACCAACAAGAAAGGAGGUCAGAGUGGCAACGGCAAGAACAAGAAGAAGAAGGAACGUAGCGCUACCGCUCGACCCUACGCCAAGGAAAUUGCCUAUUGCCAAGCCGUUCAGUCUAUGUGUGGGGGCUAUUAUAAGGCGAUGGUGGCCAUGGAUUUGGAGGGGAAGAUUCGUCGCCCGCGGACCGAGUUUGACGAUGAGCGCGUCCGUUAUGAGCACCGUUUUGCUGCACUGGGCCAAGUGUCAACGCCGCCACUCGUCCCAUAUGUGCAGUUCAAGGAAAUGACUAAACUGGAGUUCAACGCCACCGACGAGAAUGAUAAAGCAUCGCAUGCGUCCAACCUCUACGCGACGGCUUGCAGGCAUUUCCAUCAUGCGGCAACGAUUCUGACGGCUUUAACCGGCCAAUCCAAUGAUGAAAACGUGACAUCGUUGAUUCGUGUCUGUAAAACUAAUUGCGUCGUCAUGCGACUGCUGGCUGGUGGGCAUCGCCGUGAAGGAGCGUCCGGGCCGCAGUUUGACUUUACAGUUCAUCCGCACUUACCCAUCGUCAAAGUCACCUAGUUCUAAGACAAGAAUGGAGGACGAAUUUUGAUUGCAAUGCGCAGAAGAAGAAGAAAAAGAAGCUCGACCGAACGACCCCCAGUCCCCUAUAUCGUUUUGACAUGCCUUCAUGUGAAGUGGUACGUUAUAAUUCAGAAUGCAUCCGGUUAAAGAAAUUAAAAGAAAAAAAAAACUUAAAGCAAAACGCAAACAUUCAAACAAACAAAAAUAAAUUUUUUUGUUGUCGAUUGACAAUGUUGACUAAUCCUCCUUGUAAGCCGCCAAUCAAGCGAUGUGAAAAUUGAGACACAAUUUGAGUUGGUUGCAUAGUGGAAGGAGAAUGAAGUUUCUGGGAAAGUGUCACGUCAUUUUUCUUUGCAAACGAGACGGAGCUUUCUCUGUCCACAAUGUCAAUUUUUGGCUUUCCACUUUGCGGUGGCUAACGUCUUGCACAGCGUCCAAUGUACCGUGGCCAUUAGCGCGAUAUCAAGUCCAGUUUUGUAACAAGGUAGGACUAGAUCGAGUAAGAAGACGAGCAUCUGUUUCUUUUUUAUCAUCCUCUCUUGCUCUGCGGCCAAUUAUUAUUAGAUUGUUGUUUAUUUGUAACUUUUCUUUCCUCGUGGGUGAUUACUACACGAAUUGUCCGAA